AUGAGUGAUGGUCAAAUCCUGGAUCAAGCAGAGGCAAUGUGGCUAGCCGAGUGUCGUGUUCCGUUCCGGUAUCCGCAUGCAUGGAAGAUCUUGCGCGAGUCCAAGAAAUUUGCAAGUCUCGGUGAGGAUGUUCACUCCGAUGUCCAUUCGGACAAACGAUCAAAGGGCUCCGACGGUCUUCCCACAACGACUUCUAGCGACGCGAGUAUCUCCACCCGGCCCCAAGGGCAAAAGGCGGCCAAGAGAGACAAACGGAAAGGCAAGAAAAAGACCGAAGAGACGUCGGAGGAUAACCAAAAAGCUCUCGGGUACAUGGAUGGGGUUCACACGUUCGGUGGUGAAGCCGUUGGUGGUGACGACGUCGGUGGUGAUGUAGAAGGUGGUGAAGUCGUCGGUGGUGAUGCCGUUGGUGGUGACGAUGUCGAUGGUGAUGUUGUCGGUGGUGACGAUGUCGGUGGGGAAGUUGAAGGUGGUGAUGCCAUCGGUGGUGAAACCGUCGGUGGUGAAGGUGUAGGUGGUGAAGCCAUUGGUGGUGACAAUGGCGGUGGUGAUGUAGAUGGUGGUGAAGCCGUCGGUGGUGAAGCGGUUGGUGGAGAUGCCAUCGGGGGUGGGGAUGUCGUCGGAGGGGCUAAUGUCGGUGGAGAUGCUGUUGGUGGUGAAGCUGUCGGUGGUGAUGCCGUUGGUGGUGAUGAUGUCGGUGGUGAAGGAGUUGGUGGUGAUGAGGUUGGUGGUGAAGCCAUCGGUGGUGUUGAUGUCGGUGGCGAAGUUGUAGGUGGAGAUGACGAAGGUGGUGAUGACGAAGGAGGAGAUGACGUUGGUGGUGAUGUCGUUGGCGGUGGUGAAGGUGUCGGUGGCAAUGUCGUCGGUGGUGAAGCCAUCCGGCUCCAAUAUGCCUCUCCCUUCUGA